GUGAACGCUUUCCCUUCUACACAACGAAAAGUUUAAGGUUUAACAAGUUUACACAUGUUUAUUUCUCAAGAGAAAAAUAUUUGAUUUGUCAGUUAGUGCAAUAUUAAUUAACAGAUUUAAAAAAGGCAAUAAAAAUGACGUCUUUUGAAAAUUUAGCAGAGCAAAUUCAGGAGAGUUUCUCUAAAACUGCUGCACACAUUUUUCUAUAUCACGAAAAAGAUCGCCAAGCCGAACUGUUUGAAGAGAUGAAGAAUGUUGUGGAAAAACACUGUGUUAUAAAUGCAAAGUUACAGGAAGCUAAUCGUGUAAUUGAAAGAAUUGCAGCUUUACAAAGUUCCGAGGGAGAAGGUUCACAGUUCGAGGACAUUCUUGAGAAAUACAAGAAUGAAAUGGACAAAAUUAAUCCCGAUGUUUCGCGCAAUAGAAACCUUGUCGAUUUUAAUCGUCAAAUUAAGGAUCUGUUGAAAGAUGGAGAAAACGAUAAAUCCAAGGAUAACAAUGAUGAUGACGAUGACGAUGAUUUACAGUGUACUCAAAAGGAGAUCAAUGUAGUUGAUCCAUUCACGAAGAAGAGAAUGACUGAUCCUAUGAGAAAUAAAUUGUGUGGUCAUAUUUAUGAUCGUGAGAGUGUCACAGCUUUAUUGAAAGUCAAUCCACGAACUAGGUGUCCUGUUGUUGGUUGCGGUAGUAAAGAAUUUGUUACCCUGCAAAACUUGGAAGCUGAUAUAGUGUUAAGAACACGUUUAUUAAAAAUGAAAGCUUAACUUAUAAAGAGUAUUAAAUCAUUCUACUUCGGUUUAAGAUUUUCUCGUUUAACAUUUAAGUAUUAUUAAUGUAAAUUUGAGAAAUAAAUAAUUUACUUUUGUAUAAGAA